AUGGGUCUCCAGGGAACGUUCAGCUUCUCCCUGGGGCUCCUGCUUGGCUCUGUGCUCCUGGUGGCUUCGGCCCCAGCCACUCCUGAGCCCCAGGGCUGCAGCAACAAGGAGCAACAGGUGACCGUCAGCCACACCUACAAGAUUGACGUGCCCAAGUCUGCCCUGGUCCAGUUGGAGACUGACCCACAGUCCCUCAGUGAUGAUGGGACCUCGCUCUUGGCCAUGGGGGAGCCCGGAGAGGAGCAGAACUUCAUCUUCAGGCACAACAUCCGCCUCCAGACACCGCAGAAGGACUGUGACUUGGCAGACAGCGUCCAGGACCUCCUGGCCCGGGUGAAGAAGCUGGAGGAAGAGAUGGCAGAGAUGAAGGAGCAGUGCAGUGUCCAGCGCUGCUGCCCAGGAGCUGCUGAUCUGAGCCGCCACUGCAGCGGCCACGGGACCUUCUCCGCCGACACCUGCAGCUGCCACUGCGAGCAGGGCUGGGAGGGCGCCGCCUGCGAGCUGCCCGCCUGCCCCGGGGCCUGCAGCGGCCACGGGCGCUGCGUGGACGGGCGCUGCCUGUGCGACCACCCCUACGUGGGGCCCGACUGCGCCCACCCCGCCUGCCCCCAGGACUGCAGCGGGCACGGCGUGUGCGUGCGCGGCGUCUGCCAGUGCCACGAGCACUUCACGUCGGAGGACUGCAGCGAGCAGCGCUGUCCCGGCGACUGCAGCGGCCACGGCUUCUGCGACACGGGCGAGUGUUACUGCGAGCCGGGCUUCACUGGCCCCGACUGCGCCCAGGUGGUGGCCCCCCAGGGCCUGCAGCUACUUAAGAGCACAGAGAAUUCCCUGCUGGUGAGCUGGGAGCCCUCCAGUGACGUGGACCACUACCUGCUCAGCUAUUAUCCCCUGGGGAAGGAGCUCUCUGUGAAGCAGGUCCAGGUGCCCAAGGAGAAGCACAUCUAUGAGAUUCCCGGCUUGCUCCCUGGCACCAAGUACAUAGUCACCCUGCGCAACGUGAAGAAAGACAUUUCCAGCAGCCCCCAGCAUCUCCUGGCCACGACAGAUCUUGCUGUGGUUGGCACUGCCUGGGUGACAGAAGAGACGGAAAACUCCCUAGAUGUGGAGUGGGAGAACCCGCCGACGGAGGUGGACUACUACAAGCUGCGGUAUGGGCCCUUGACAGGGCAGGAGGUGUCUGAGGUCACUGUGCCCAGGAGCAGUGACCCGAAGAGCCGAUAUGACAUCACUGGUCUGCAUCCUGGGACCGAGUAUAAGAUCACAGUUGUCCCCAUCAGAGGUGAUCUGGAGGGCAAGCCAAUCCUCCUGAAUGGCAGGACAGAAAUUGAUGGUCCGAGGAAUGUGGCCACUGAUCACGUGACAGAAGACACAGCAGUAGUCUCCUGGGACCCCGUGAAGGCUGACAUCGACAAGUAUGUGGUUCGCUACAUUUCCCCCGAGGGGGAGACCAAGGAGACGGCAGUACCCAAGCACCAGCGCAGCACCGUCCUGACGGGCCUGAAGCCGGGGGAGUCAUACAAGGUGUAUGUCUGGGCCGAGAGGGGCAACCAGGGGAGCAAGAAGGCCGACACCCAAGCCCUCACAGAAAUCGAUGGCCCAGCAAACCUGGUGACUGACCGGGUGACGGAGAAUACAAUCACUGUCUCCUGGGACCCUGUGCAGGCUGACAUUGACAGGUAUGUAGUGAGCUACACCUCGGCAGAUGGAGAGACCAGGGAGGUUCCAGUGGCCAAGGAGCAGAGCAGCACCGUCCUGAGGGGCCUGAGGCCAGGUGUGGAGUACAAAGUCUAUGUGUGGGCCCAGAAGGGGGACCGGGACAGCAAGAAGGCCGACACCAAGGCCCCGACGGACCUUGACAGCCCCCAAAACCUGGUGACUGACCAGGUGACGGAGAAUACGGUCACUGUCUCCUGGGACCCCGUGCAGGCCGCCAUCGACAGGUACAUAGUGAGCUACACCUCCGUGGAUGGAGAGACCAGGGAGGUUCCUGUGGGGAAGGAGCAGAGCAGCACCGUCCUGACGGGCCUGAGGCCAGGCAUGGAGUACGCCUUCCACGUGUGGGCCCAGAAGGGGGCCCAGGAGAGCAGGAAGGCCGACGCCAAGGCCCCCACAGACAUUGACAGCCCUCAAAAUCUGGUGACUGACCAGGUGACAGAGAACACUGCCACUGUCUCCUGGGACCCCGUGGAGGCGGACAUUGACAAGUACGUGGUGCGCUACACCUCUGCUGACGGAGAGACCAGGGAACUUCUGGUUGGGAAGGAGCAGAGCAGCACCGUCCUGACGGGCCUGAGGCCAGGCAUGGAGUACGCUGUCCAUGUGUGGGCCCAGAGGGGGAUCCAGGAGAGCAAGAAGGCCUACACCAAAUACCCCACAGACAUUGACAGCCCCAAAAACCUGGUGACUGAGCAGGUGACAGAGAACACUGCCACUGUCUCCUGGGACCCCGUGGAGGCUGACAUUGACAAGUACGUGGUGCGCUACACCUCUGCUGACGGAGAGACCAAGGAGGUUCCAGUGGGGAAGGAGCAGAGCAGCACCGUCCUGACGGGCCUGAGGCCAGGCAUGGAGUACAGAGUCUACGUGUGGGCCCAGAAGGGGAAGCAGGAGAGCAGAAAAAUCAACACCAAGGCCCCCACAGACAUUGACAGCCCCAAAAACUUGGUGACCAACCAGGUGACAGAGAACACUGCCACUAUCUCCUGGGACCCCGUGCAGGCCGACAUCGACAGGUACAUGGUGCGCUACACCUCCACGGAUGGAGAGACCAGGGAGGUCCCAGUGAGGAAGGAGCAGAGCAGCACCGUCCUGACGGGCCUGAGGCCAGGUGUGGAGUACACCGUCCAGGUGUGGGCCCAGAAGGGGGCCCGGGAGAGCAAGAAGGCCACCACCAAGGCCCCCACAGAAAUCGACCCUCCCAAAAACCUUCGUCCAUUUGGUGUAACACAUUCUGGUGGGGUAUUGACCUGGAUGCCUCCCUCUGCUGAGAUCGAUGGCUACAUCCUGACCUACCAGUUCCCAAAUGGCUCAGUGAAGGAGGUGCAGCUCCGCAGGGGCGACCAGAGGCUGGAGUUGCAGGGCCUGGAGCAGGGCAUCACCUACCCCGUCUCCUUGGUUGCCUUCAAGGGGGAUCGCCGGAGCAGGAGCGUGUCCACCACCCUCUCCACAGUCGAUGCCCGUUUCCCACACCCCUCGGACUGCAGCCAGGUUCAGCAGAACAGCAACGCUGCCAGUGGACUCUACACCAUCUACCUGAACGGCGACGCCAGCCGGCCCCUGGAGGUGUACUGUGACAUGGACACGGAUGGAGGCGGCUGGAUUGUCUUCCAGAGACGGAACACCGGGCAGCUGGAUUUCUUCAAGCGUUGGCGGAGCUACGUGGAAGGCUUUGGGGACCCCAUGAAGGAGUUCUGGCUUGGACUUGAGAAACUGCACAAUCUCACCAUGGGCACACCCACCCGGUACGAGGUCAGAGUGGACUUGCAGACCGUCAACGAAUCUGCCUAUGCCGUGUACGAUUUCUUCCAAGUGGCCUCCAGCAAGGAGCGCUACAGGCUGUCAGUCGGGAAGUACAGGGGCACAGCAGGAGACGCUCUUACUUACCACAAUGGAUGGAAGUUCACCACUUUUGACAGAGACAAUGAUAUCGCCCUCAGCAACUGUGCCCUGACUCAUCAUGGUGGAUGGUGGUACAAAAACUGCCACUUGGCCAACCCCAAUGGCAAAUAUGGGGAGACCAAGCACAGUGAGGGGGUGAACUGGGAGCCCUGGAAAGGACAUGAGUUCUCCAUUCCUUACGUGGAGUUGAAAAUCCGCCCUCAUGGCUACAGCAGAGGCCGUUUCUCUGGCAGAAAGAAGCGGACAUUAAGAGGAAAGACAAGAGCCUUCUGAUGGCAUUGGAGCA